GAAGGGGAAGGGGGAAGGGAUGUGAAACUUGGCUGCUCCCCAGCGCCACUCCCACUGACCAUCACCCCAGGGCCCCUGGGCAGAGGGCAGAAGCAUCCAGCCGGGAGCAGACAACCCGAGGCAGGGCUGGCAGCAUGGAGAUCUCAUGGAGCUGGCUGGUGGUCUGUGUGCUAGCCACAUGUCUGGCCUCUGGGGUGACCCAGGAUGUGUGCCAAGCCCCCAACGGCAGGGAUGGGGUCCCAGGGAUACCUGGCCGACCGGGUCGGCCUGGCCUCAAGGGCGAGAGAGGGGCGCCUGGGGCCCCUGGCAUGCGCACGGGCAUCCGAGGCCUAAAAGGAGACCCUGGGGAACCAGGUCCCCCCGGCAGCCCUGGCAAGGUGGGCUUCCCAGGGCCCAGUGGCCCUGUAGGGGACCGCGGCAGCCCGGGACCCAAAGGCACCAAGGGCUACCCAGGCAACAUCAGGGACCAGCCACGGCCGGCCUUCUCGGCAGUGAGGCGGAACCCGCCGACAGGCGGCAACGUGGUCAUCUUCGACACCAUCAUCACCAACCAGGAAGAGCCGUACCAGAACCACUCAGGCCGCUUCGUGUGCAACGUGCCUGGCUUCUACUACUUCACCUUCCAGGUGGUGUCCAAGUGGGACCUCUGCCUGUUCAUCGCCUCCUCCUCCAGGGCGCAGGUGCGCCGCUCCGUGGGCUUCUGCGACAGCAACAGCAGGGGACUCUUCCAGGUGCUGUCGGGGGGCACCGUGCUGCAGCUGCAGAAAGGGGACCAGGUGUGGAUCGAGAAGGACCCCACCACGGGCCGCAUCUACCAGGGCAACGAGGCCGACAGCGUCUUCAGCGGCUUCCUCAUCUUUCCAUCCAACUGAACUGCCUCCUCUGUGUCACCCA